UACAUUAGGUUAGUUACAUUAGGUUAAGAUCUGAAUCUGAGUCGACGAGAAAUGAUUUGUAUGUUACGUUGCCAUCAGGAAAUUAUUGAUAAAAUAAGAUGUAACGCGUGUUGAACUGUGCAUAAACUGUUCGUUACGAAACGCUCUCGUGUGAACACACUCGCAGAAAAUGGCAGAUCCGUCAGCGUACUCGGGCCAAGAGUACUAUUGGAACUCUGAGGCGACUCACCAGAACAUGGAGUACUUCCCAGUACCGAAUUAUCCACCGCCUAAUUACAAUCAACCCGCCAAUUAUAAUUCCUCAUAUUUCUAUAAUGCACCCCCUAAUGUAUCGGGAUUUGACCCAAUGAAUUCAAUGUAUCGGACUGUACCUCCGCCUGCGUAUCGCUAUGAUUCCGGCGACGUGCACAAUAUUUCUUAUCAAAAUCAAGUGCAUCAGCAGUGCGAUCCGUAUCACAACAACACGCACUUUUCGCAGCAGCCUGUCAAUAGGAAUUACAAUGUGAAUUGGAACACGAAUGAUACAAGUACAUAUAAUGAAAAUCAAGCUUGUAACGACUGGCCCACCAACAAUCCCGUCACGAAUUGGUCGACAUAUCAGAACACAUCCAGGUCGUGGUAUGAUGCAAAUAAAAUGUGUGACAAUGAGCAAUUGUACGACACUAAGCGAUACUACAAAUCUGAGUCACCAAUAAAGAAAUCCGAAUGGAAGUACGAAGUCAAGGAACCUUUGCCGAGUUAUACAAAUAACAGAAACAGAUCCAGGAGUCCAAGUAGCAGUGGAAGGUCGGAAAAAUCGUAUAGAUCACGAUAUGAUGAUCAUAGAGAUAAAUAUUAUAAAUAUGAUAAAGAAAGAUCCAGUUUGAGGGAAUCUAAAUACAAAAUCAAGGAUUUUGAUAGAAGAUCUUCCUAUAAGAUACAUGACAGAGGAAAGAGUCAUGAGACAACGUCAUCUCAUUCAAAGGUAUCUUAUUCAAGCAGUAAAUAUAGGAAGAGAUCAAGAUCACAAGAAUCUCAUGUGAAGAGAGAUGCUACACAGAGUGACAAUCCUAGUAAACGAAAAUGUCCCACUGAGAGAGAGUUGAUUUUAGAGAAAUAUAGGCGUAAUUAUUGCGCGACGAGCAAAGACAUUGAGCGAAAACUGGAUGAAUUGUCGGCAAUGGGCUCUGAAGGUAUACUCGAAAGUGAAAAGAAAAUUUGGACACGCACAGCACCAGCGGAUCUUUAUUACAUUCGAGAUGAAAAUAAUCCGAAAAUAAUGAGGAGUACUCCUAAACUGAUUGAAUUGUGCGCAACGUUCAAAAAACUGUUGAUUGAUAGAGCAGCUGCAGCAAGGGAUUUGCAGCCGCCCUAUAAACCACCUCCGAGAAAAACCAGAGCUCGUCUUUGCCGUCAUAAAUCCGAGGCUUGCAGCAGCUCCUCCGACAGCGACACCGACAGCUCUAUGGAUGAGGAUGAUAGAACGAUGGAAGAAUUAAUGGCCAAGAAACAGCACCCGCAAAGGUUGCAUCCUGAAAUGUGGUUCAACGAUCCCGGAGAGAUGAACGAUGGUCCAUUAUGUAGAUGUAGCGCAAAAUCACGUCGGUCUGGCAUAAGACACGGCAUUUACGCCGGAGAGGGCGUAAUAAACAAGUGCGAUCUAAAUUCGAAUAAUGCGGACAAGUUGCAUCACUAUAGGAUAACGAUCAGCCCACCGACAAAUUUCCUCACCAAAACACCGACGAUUAUCAAACACGACGAGCAUGAAUUUAUAUUCGAGGGCUUUUCCAUGCUCUCUCAUUUCCCACUCGUCAAAUUGCCCACGUGCAAAGUCAUCAGGUUUAACAUAGAAUACACAAUUCUCUACAUAGAGGAGAAAUUACCAGAAAACUUUACAAUAGAGGAACUCGAUUAUUUCCAAACAUAUUUGUUCAGGGAGGUCUUAGAACUCGUAGAUUUCGACUUGCAUGCAGCACAAGAUAAAUCCGGCUGCGGGCAGUUUCACUUCAUGCCAAGAUUCGUACGCGACUUGACCGACAACGGGCAAGAAAUCUUAUCAAUGAACGAGGUCCUUAAUUAUUUGAUAAAAAGUAGUACUCUUUUGAUAGAUUCAGAAGAUAUGCCUAGGCUAGUAGAGAUGCCGCAAUACAAGUGGCAAGAUUUCGCGGACGAAGUAAAAGGAAUGGUGGUAACUUAUCCUGGCAAGAAGCCGUGCAGCGUUCGUGUUGACCAACUGGAUAGAAGUCAGGUGGAUCAACCUCCCGGUAUAGUCGCUUACCCGGAAAUAGUACAUUUUGGUAUUCGACCACCGCAGCUUAGCUACGCAGGAAACGCAGAUUAUCAGAAAGCCUGGAGAGAUUAUGUGAAGUUCCGGCAUCUGCUCGCCAACAUGUCGAAGCCGUCCUUCGAGGAUAAGAGAAAAUUGGAGGCGAAGGAAAACAAGCUGCAGGAAUUGCGUACUCAAAGCAAAAUGAAACGUGAUGUCACGGUCGACGUCAGUUCCGAAGGAUUCUUUCGAACCGGCAUUAUGUGUGACAUCGUGCAACAUGCGAUGCUGAUACCGGUGCUCGUAUGUCACCUGAGAUUCCACAAAUCUCUGGAUAAUCUAGAGCGCACGUUGGGAUACGAGUUUAAGAACAGAUACCUGCUUCAGCUAGCGCUCACACAUCCUAGUUAUCGUGAAAACUUCGGCACGAAUCCGGAUCACGCGCGGAACUCUCUGACGAACUGCGGCAUAAGGCAACCCGAGUACGGCGACCGCAGAAUACACUACAUGAAUACGCGGAAGCGCGGAAUCAACACUCUGAUCAACAUCAUGUCUCGUUUUGGCGCGAGAACGGAGACGGAGUCAUCGAUAGCGCACAACGAACGUCUGGAAUUCUUGGGCGAUGCGGUCGUUGAGUUCCUCACCUCCAUCCACCUAUUUCACAUGUUUCCGGAUCUGGAGGAAGGUGGCUUGGCCACCUAUAGAGCGGCGAUCGUGCAGAACCAACAUCUCGCUGUGUUGGCAAAGAAGCUGAAUCUUGAAGAAUACAUGUUGUACGCUCAUGGCAGCGAUCUCUGUCACGACCUGGAACUGCGGCACGCUAUGGCGAAUUGUUUCGAAGCGUUGAUGGGUUCCUUGUUCUUAGACGGAGGUAUAGAAGUAGCUGAUAGAGUUUUCGGUGAGACACUCUUCAAAGACGAAAAGGAUCUCAUUAAAGUCUGGGUGAAUUAUCCGCGGCACCCUCUGCAAGACCAGGAACCAAUGGGAGAUAGACAGUGGAUACCUAGCUUUGAGUUACUGCAGAAACUAACCAAGUUUGAAGAAUCAAUUGGAGUAAAAUUCACUCACAUUCGCCUGCUCGCUAGGGCAUUCACGGAUCGCAGUAUAGGCUACACCAAUUUAACUUUAGGUUCAAAUCAACGACUGGAAUUCUUAGGAGACACCGUAUUACAGCUUAUCGUCUCAGAGUACCUGUAUAAAUUCUUCCCUGAGCAUCACGAAGGACAUUUAUCGUUGUUGCGGAGUUCUCUCGUAAAUAAUAAGACACAAGCAGUUGUUUGCGACGACUUGGGUAUGACUCAGUACGCGUUGUACGGAAAUCCGAAGGCCGAACUGAAGACAAAAGACAGGGCGGAUUUAUUGGAGGCUUUCCUUGGUGCACUUUACGUCGACAAGGGUUUGAAAUAUUGUCACGUCUUCUGCGACGUGUGCUUCUUCCCGCGUCUGCAAGAUUUUAUCAUGAAUCAAGAUUGGAACGAUCCAAAGAGCAAGUUACAACAGUGUUGUUUAACUUUGCGAACUAUGGAUGGCGGUGAACCGGACAUUCCCGUAUAUAAAGUUAUCGAGUGUAAAGGGCCAACUAAUACGAGAGUUUACACAGUCGCUGUGUAUUUUCAAGGAAAACGAUUGGCUAAGGCCUCAGGACAUAGUAUUCAAGAAGCGGAAAUGAACUCUGCCAAAGAAGCUUUAGAAAAAUCUCAAGACUUGUUUCCACAAUUGGAUCAUCAGAAACGUGUGAUAGCGAAAAGUAUGAAAAUGCAGCAAUGGUCGAAUAAACAGAAACCAAGAGGAAGAUCUACAAAACCAAACGAUAAAUCUGACGAUUCUGACGAUUCCAGUCAAAAACGAAAAAGUCACAGCAAAGAAUCUAACACUUCGAAGAAGCGAGAUACUUAACAAUUACUUAAUCUUUUUUAUUAUUAUUAUAUAUAUUGUUUUAUAUAUAUAUAUAUAUAUAUAUAUAUAUAUUACCCUACGUAUUAUUUGGUAUAUAUAUAAUACCAAACAUAUUAUUUGGUAUUAUUAGCAAACGUAUUAUUUGAUAUUAGUCGCGUCGAUGAUCAAUAUAAAACAGUGCUCAGAAUUAUUUUCGUAUUCGAGGUGAUUUUCAGGAGCUACGCCUACUACUUCCUCUUGCCGCACGACGGCAAUCUCACAACUGACAAUCGCAGCUCUCCGCCUCAGAACCGUUGAUAUUAUGAGGCGCAUCUAUGAGAUGCCUACUAAAAAUGCGUUCGAGGAGCAUGCUGAUUAGCGUUAACACGUCAUCCAAUUCUUGUGCUUCUAAUGAGCGAUAAAAAUAGAAUAACCUGUUAGUGUUGCUCCUCAAACGCAUCUUAAUGACUGAAAAAAUUUGUAUAUAUUUAUAUAAUGUAAAUUAUACAUCGAGUUAUUUCGAUGAAUUUUUCAGCUAUUGAUGUGCGUUCGCGAAGAGCGCGUUAACACGUUAUUUUAUCUUUAUCGCUUAUUAGAUUUAUAAGGAUUGAAUGACGCGUUAGCGCUGAUCAGUGCGCUCCUUGAACGCAUCUUUAGUAGGCAUCUCACAGAUACACCUCAUAAUGUCAACAGUCCUAAAACCCGUAUCAGGCGCCGAUCGGCGCCUCACUGUGAUUGGUCCAUUGAGAGUCGGUAGUCGUAGUCGGCAGUCGGGUCGACCUGUGCAGUCGGUAGUCUGAUACGGGCUUUAGGUGGAGAACUGCGACCGUCAGUUGCUUAGCCCAUCGCGUGGUAAGAGGAAGUAGUAGACGUAGCUCCUGAGAGAGAGAAUCGCUUCUAAUGUGAAAAUAAUCUCGAGCACUGAUAUAAAAUACGAACUAAAAUUUUUACAUAUUAUUUUUUUAUAUAGUGUAUGUAUAGAGAUUUUUAGUUCCUUUUAUUGACAAUAUAUACGCCAUAUAUACGCCAUA